AUGAUGGCUCGCAAGAUGAAGGAUACAGACUCCGAGGAGGAAAUACGAGAGGCCUUCAAGGUGUUUGAUCGCGACAACAAUGGCUUCAUCUCAGCCGCUGAGCUGCGCCAUGUCAUGACCUCCAUCGGCGAGAAGCUCACAGACGACGAAGUGGACGAGAUGAUUCGAGAGGCUGACCAGGACGGCGACGGACGUAUUGAUUACAACGAAUUCGUACAAUUGAUGAUGCAGAAAUGA